UCAAAACAAAUUAUAUCAUUUCAGCACAUUCUUUGGGUCGGCGCUUUAGCUUGGACAGCGUGCAAGUGUGAGCCACCAGUUAACAGCUAUCUACCUCCAUCAUCUAGCAGCAAUGGCAGUCCUUCUUCACAAUACGGCCCACCAGAUGUCGGUAACAACGGCCGAUCAGGAGCUCGAGGCGGUUCUGGAAUAGGUGGAAAUCAAAACCAAUUACAGGACUCUUACUUCCCACCUGGAGACACUGGUAACACCAGGCCCGACACUCAGUAUGGCCCGCCAACGGCUCAAGGUGCUGGUCGAGGAUCGCCAGGUUCGCAAUUCGGACCUUCUCAAAAUGGCAGGCAGGGAAAUAGUAAUAGACCUAGUGCACAAUAUGGUGCACCAAAUCAAGGACAAAGAACAACAGACCAGCCUGAUCGAUCUUCACAGCUGAACACACCUAAUGGGAGAGGCCGCCCACAGAAUACUUAUAGUUCGCCAAACGAACAAGGAUUUAAUGGCUCGCCCAGUGCAGGAGGCAAUGAUUUUGAUUCUAGUGGAUCUGGAUUUGGGCAACGACCGGAUAGUUCUUAUGGCCCUCCUCCCAGUGGUGACUUUUCAUCUGCUAAUCGGGGUCAAUCAGGACCUCGGGGAUCGCCUGGAUCUUCUUACUCUGCUCCUCUGAUUAGUGGGGGAGCUAAUUCAUUUGACGGUGGACAAUCAGGUGCUUUGCCGUCAGAAUCUUACGGCGCGCCAGGUUUCGGCGGUGGAUCUGGAAAUCGAGGUGCUGGCGGUCGAGGGAAUAAUUUCGGAGGCGAUGAAUCUGACGAACCAGCUAAAUACGAGUUUAGUUACGAAGUCGAGGACGCGCAGUCAGGUACUAAAUUUGGUCAUUCAGAACAACGUGACGGGGACACAGCCACGGGGGAGUAUAACGUAGAGCUGCCCGAUGGCAGGACGCAGGUGGUCGAGUACGAGGCCGGUCUGCAGGGAUACAAGCCUCAGAUACGAUACGAGGGCAAUAGUCGAGCUGCUCAAGGCAGUAGCGGCUAUCCCCAAGGUGGUCCAGGAACCAACGGCAAUGAGCUGGGUAAUCCCCAAGGAUUUGACCAGGGCGCCGGUGCCCGCCGAGGACAAUCGGAAGAUUUAACUCAGGGAGGGUUUGGAUCCAACGGUCAAGAUUUUGAAGGAUAUCCCAGUGGGAGACCUGAAAAAAAUGGUGGGAAUAGGCAACAGCCAGGUGGGGGUUAUCCCCAAGGUGGAUCUGGUCAAGGAGGUUUUGGGGGUCAAGCCAAUUUUCCUUCAGGAUCAAGCAACAAUGGUUUAGAGUCCCUGAACGGCGGGUCUCAAGAUCGCGGGUACCCAGGAAGCAAUGGAAAUGGUAAUGGUUAUCCAAGAGGAGGGCCCCAGAGGAACAAUGCAAACGUCCAAGGGAAUCGAGGUUUUUCGAAUGGAGAUGACUCUGGGGAAGGUCAAGGUUACCCACCAGCUGGAAGACCUCAAAAUGGCGGAAGAGGACGGCAAGGAAACGGUAGAGGACAAGGCGGCUCCCUAGGAAAUGAUGGGUACCCCAGUGGAGGUCCUAAUGGGCCCCGUGGUUCCGGAUAUUGA